CAUUAGUACGACAGAGCGGAAGGCACACCCACCAUUCCGCGUAAUAUAAAUGCUAACUUUACGUUUAGAUUUCGUUAAUAUCUAGGAGACAUUAACAAGUCUAUAAAACUAGAACCAGUACUAGAAGUAAAAAAAAGCAGAAGCAUAGGAAAAGAAGCAACAUGGGUCUCAAGGAGGAAUUUGAAGAGCAUGCAGAGAAAGCCAAGACCCUGCCAGAGAAUACGACAAACGAGAACAAGCUUAUUCUUUAUGGUCUCUACAAGCAAGCCACUGUUGGACCAGUGAACACCAGCCGUCCUGGAAUAUUCAAUAUGAGGGACAGAGCAAAAUGGGAUGCCUGGAAGGCUGUUGAAGGGAAAUCCAAGGAUGAAGCGAUGAGUGAUUAUAUCACCAAGGUGAAACAGUUGCAGGAAGAAGCUGCCGCAUCUGCUUGAUAUCUUGUUGAUGUCUGUGUUCAAAUGUUUAAAUUGAAUGGAAAAUAAUGAUCUGUAGUUUUCAAACUGGUAAUGAGUUAUUUCUGAAUGGUGUGAAUGAAUCAGGUUUAUGAGGUACUUCUACUAGAUGUGGUUAUGGCAAUUGUACUCUUGCUAAGUAUGUUUCUUUUGAUUAUAAAUUAUGUCUGGUCAAAUCCUUGAAACCCA